AUGCUCACCGAGGAGCUCGUGUCCGCCGUCUGCGGCCCUCCCAUCGCUGCCAACACUGCCGUGCCCAAAGACGUUGGCAUCUACAUCCACACCGUCGCACCCGCGUGGCGUCUCAAAGCCUCCUUCAAAAAGAGCUCUGUUGGUCCCAACUGCCUCGCCGUCAGCGCCAACCACGUGUUUGCCGCCCAGGACCAAAAAGCCCAUGUCCAUGUCUACUCGCGCCAACGUGGCACCCAAGAAACCCUCGUCUCUUUUCAGGAGAGGAUACGAAGUGUAGCCCUCACAGGAAACGUCUUGCUUCUUGGAACUGCCGAGGGCAGGUUACUUCUCUGGGAGACAUCAACUGGCCGCCUCAUUACCACGCCUCCUUGCCAUGUGCAGGCAAUCUCCUGUCUCGCCACUACAGACAGCCACGUGUUGACUGCUUCUGAUGACUCCAAUAUUAACGUUUGGUCUCUGGCCAGGUUGCUCGAGUACGGUGCCGAUCCCGGCUUCGAGCCCGAUCUGACCCUCUCCAACCACCGUGGAGCCAUCACGUCCCUCGUCGUAGCCCCUGGCGACAAUGCCGAGACGAGCCUGUGUGUCUCUUCCAGCAAGGACAAGACCUGCAUCAUUUGGAACUACCAGACCGGUCAAGUAUUGAGGACUCUGCUUUUCCCCUCGAUACCCCUUUGCGCCACUCUGGACCCCUGUGCUCGCGCCCUCGUCGUCGCGGCCGAAGAUGGUUCUAUUUUCCUCGUCGAGUUUUUUGGUGAUAAACCACUCCUCGGCUCGCGAAGCGCUGAGCUAUCUUCCAUUGUCGUUCAGGUCGACUCACCUUUGGGAGUUGCCGACGCCGACGCUGGUCCCGCCACCUGUUUGGCCUUGAACUACAACGGCACUACCCUCAUCACUGGCCAUACAAAGGGCAAGAUCCUCAAGUGGAAUUUGACUGAUAACAGUCACCCCGCUGAGCUCGCCAAUCUCAACGCGUCCGUCACAAAUCUGGCCUUUGUUCCUCUCCUCGCAUCUCAGCAGUCUCACCAAACGCCAACUGUUGUCAAGCCGAAUCAGUCCCAGCGCCAGUAUACCCUCUCUGCCCAAAUUUCCGGAAAAUCGGAAGCUACCCGCUUCAGCGAGAUGAUGAAUACCCCUGGGUUCUCCGAUGAUACCAUUACAAGAGCACUGCAAGCAUUUGCAACGCCCGCUGCCGUCUCGGAUACUCCCACUUUGGCUUACCCGGUGGGCGUCGCCGGCGGCUGGGCCACGCAAGCCCGAAUAAUCCGAAUUUCCCGAAAACUCGCCGUUCGGCGUCGCGCACGUUUGCAACCAUUGCAGGCGGUCCGCUUUGAGCCUGUUUUCAAGCGCGCAAGGCAAUGA